AGUGCCAGCAAUGUAUGCGUUCACCGAGACUAUGGAAAGGGUGGGACAGUAUGUGUUUGUAAUACCACUCAUUGCGAUACUUUCGAUGAUAUAAUCAAAACUUCAGUCGGAAUUAUAACUCGUUAUGAAAGUAGUAAAAGCGGUAAAAGAUUUGAGAAACAAACUUUCAAAUUCAGUAAUGAAAGUUUUUAUGAGUUGCAAAGUGGAGGCAAAACAGUUACAAUCAAUAGAAACAAAAAAUAUCAACAGAUUAUCGGUUUUGGCGGCGCUUUCACAGACGCCGCAACCAUUAAUAUAUUGAGUUUGAAACCGGAAUUGUCUCAACAAAUUAUUAGCGAUUAUUACUCGCAAAAUGGUUUAAAUUAUAGCAUAGGAAGGAUUCCCAUCGCUGGCAGUGACUUCUCCACCAGACUAUACACUUAUGAUGACAUCAAUGAAGACUUAGAACUUAAAAACUUUAGUCUCGCCGACGAAGACUUGAAAUACAAAAUCCCAUUAAUAAAAAGAGCACUUAGUUUAAAACCGCAUUUAAAACUAUUUGGUAGUCCAUGGAGUGCGCCGGCCUGGAUGAAAGACAACCAUAACUUGACGGGUAAGGGAACUCUUAAGGGAAUUCCUGGUGGACCUUACUAUAAGGCCUGGGCACAAUAUUUUAUUAACUCGAGUGCUAAAUAUGUGUCGGGAAUAGCUUUUCAUUGGUAUUUGAAUUCAUUGAGUCCUCUCAUGGAUUUGGAUAAAACACACCAACAGUUUCCAAAUGUGUUUCUAUUAUCUACCGAAGCGUGUGAGGGGUCCAACCCUUUUGUUACGGACAAGGUUUCACUUGGCAAUUGGGAUCGGGCGCAGGCAUACGCCUACGAUAUAAUUACCGAUUUACAACACUUUACCGCCGGUUGGGUUGACUGGAACCUGGCGUUGGAUGAGACGGGAGGUCCAAAUUGGGUGAAAAACUUUGUGGACGCGCCUAUAAUCGUGAACUCGAGUGCCCAGGAGUACUACAAACAGCCGAUGUAUUACUCUUUGGCUCAUUUCACCAAAUUCUUGCCCUCACACUCACUAAGAGUCCAUUCGGACGAUACCGGCGCUCAUAUAUUAGAGACAGUAGUCUUUGAAACCCCAGAUAAG